AAUUUAUAUCUGCACUCCUGACCGACAUAUUACAAGGAGAUCGACCUCCUCCAGAACUAGAGGCCGUAUACCGUGUGGGGAAAUCUACACCUGCCGCUGAACAAAGACCUCUACCCAUCAUCAUUCGAUUUGCACGCUGCAGACAAAGGAACCAGGUGCUUGCUUUGGCAAAAGAACGUGGACAACUUUUCUAUCAAGACCGCAAGAUCUACCUCUUUCCUGACAUGAGCCGGUCUCUGGCCAUGAAGCGAGCAGCCUUUAAAGAAGUUAAGUCAAAGCUUUACAAAGAAGGCAUCAAGUUCUCUCUACGCUUUCCAGCCAUGCUGCUGGUCACAACGGAGGACAUGGAGUACAAAUUCUACACUCCUGCAGAGGUAGAGAAAUUCACUGAAGAUCUCGCAAAAUAG